AUGGCACAUGCAGUUGCUAUUAACGGCUGGCGCAACAUUUGGUUAUUUAAGUCUCGGCGCGAUCGAGUUUGUGAUUUGCAACCUGCGGCUGCAAGGCCAGCUCUCUACCGUGUGGCUGCCCACCGGCUUUGCCUACUUCGCCAGUCUCGUAAGUCCUUCUCCUCACCACGCUUCAACACGUUCCCCCGACUCGCAUCUCCCCGUUUUCCACACUUCCCUCAAGGAUUUCCUCCCUUCUGUGCCACCACCUUCCUUUCCUCCUCUCCAUCCCUCGUCUGCCUCGGGCCUCGCUGCGCGGUGGGAUUAUUUAUCGGGAACCUGCUAUUUAAUCUCUGGUUCGCUACGGCGCAGCCCGACGCGCCGGCGUGGGGUUUAGUGACGGCGGGCGCGGUGCUGUCGCUCACCAACUCCAUGCAGGCCGUCGUCGCCGCGCAUUUCAUCCGCCAGCCCGCCGCUGCGCUCGCCGCCGCUGCUGCUGCGCUCCUUCCGCGCGCGUGCACGGCGGCGCCCGCCACAGAGCGCGGGGAUGGCGUGUUAGCGGCGGAGGACUGCGACUUGGAAGGCGGUAGCAGUCGGAUGGGGGGCGCGCGCGUAUGCUGCACCGGCAAGCAAGGCGCGGAGGACGCGGAGACGCGGAGCUGGGGGGACGAGGAGGGGGGCGCAUUUGGGGAGGCGGGUGGGGGGGAGGGAGAGGAAACGCGGGUGUACGAGGAGACGACGCCGCUGGAUAGCGCGCAGGACGUGGUGCAGAUGAUGGUGGUUACCACCGUCGCCGCGCUGAUCGCGAACGCCAUUCAGGCCAUCACCAUGGGGCUCUGCCAGCUGCUAUCCGCUGCUGACUCCGCCAGGACGUUCGUGAUCUGGUGGCUGGCGGACUUCGCGGGCGUCAUCUGCUUCCUGCCGCUGCUCACCUACUCGCUCUGGUCCGCGCGCCACUGGAUCGUGCGCCCCAUCCGCCAGCGCGGAUGGCGCUCAGGGUACGCUUGCACCUGCCUGCUGCCCCCUGCCCGCCCCCACCACUGCCGUCACGUCCUUGAGACACUGUCGCACGUCAUCCCGCCUGCUGCGCUCUGUAAUCUGCACUGUUCUUCUCGUUUCGCCGCUCCUCCCUCUGCAUCUCGCCAUGCCGCCACCCCCCCUCCCCGCACCUCAAAGCCGAGCGCUUUCUGCGCCGCGCGUGCUGUGUGUGUGUGUGUGUGUGUGUGUGUGCAGCGUGCACGUGAUAUCAUCAGCGUGCAUGCGGCCGCGGUGGCGCAUGCUACGGGUGGUGGAGGCGGGGGCGCUGGUGGGGCUGCUGGCGGUGCUGCUGCUGCUGCUCUUCACGCCCGUGCUGGACUCAGAGGAGUGGCUCGUCGCCCUGCCAUACCUCUUCUUCCCUCUCAUCAUGUGGUCCGCCGUGCGCUUCAAUCGCCUGUACGUACGCCACCCUCCACUCCUCCCCAACGUCCCCUCCAUGUGUCCUUCCUGGCGUGUGUGGUGUUUGUGGUGGCGGCGCUGACGAGCUUCGCGACGGCGCGUGGGUGGGGCCCGCUGCAGCGGUCCACGGCCAUGGCGUCGGAGCUGCAGGCGCAGGGGUUUGUGUGCGUGCUGUCCGUGGUGGGCGUGGUGCUGGGCGCCGUGGUGCGCGACACACGGCGCCUGCGGCGGCAGCUGAGGGCCAUGAACGCCACGCUCGAGAAGCAAGUGCUGCACCGCACCCUGCAGCUCACUCUCACCAACCAGGCACGCAGCAGCAUUGCGUGGUUCCAUAUUCCAUGCCGGGAGGGUGCGCAAUGCAUCCCUGGUAGUCCCCUGCCAUGCAUCAUGCGCGCCCUUGCUAUGCCCACCUGUGCUCCUCUCUCCGCCACGUGGCAGGAAUUGGAGGCUUCCAAGAAAGCAGCAGAAGCGGCUAAUCAAGCAAAGACGGAGUUCCUGGCGAACAUGAGCCAUGAGAUCCGCACGCCCAUCCACGGCAUCAUGGGCAUGACACGAGUGGCCGCGGACACGCUCGCCUCGCUGCAAGCGCUGCUCGUCCCACGCGCAUGCGCGGGUAAACCCCACAGGGGCGCGCAUGCCACACCCGCCAAGGGGAAGCACUCUCACAAAGGGGACGGCGCAGGCAAUUGGGGGCGCAUGGGAGGGGCAGGAGGCGGGGUGGGGGUGGAGUGGGAGGAGGCGCAGCGGCUGGUGGGGGACGUGAGUUCGCACUUGGACACGGUGUUUGAGUCCGCGAGUGCACUGCUGCACAUAGUCAACACCGUGCUCGACGUCGCCAAGAUCGAGGCCGGCCGCCUGCUGCUGCAGCGCAAGCCCUUCCGCCCCAGGGAGGUCGUGCUCUCCGUGCUCCACGCCCUGCAGGUGCAAGCGGCGCAGAAGCGAGUGGCCCUGGCGUGGGACAUAGCACCUGAGGUGCCGCGCACGCUCGUGGGCGACCCCGUGCGCCUGCAGCAGUGCAUCAACAACCUCGUGGGCAACGCCAUAAAGUUCACGCACAAGGGCUUCAUAGAGGUGGCCGUGCACCUCUGCUCCUCACAUGCCGCUGCCCCCACUGCCCACCCCAAGCACCUGCUCGACACAGACUCUGCACCUGCUGUGCCCGAGAGCGUGCGCAGUUAUGCUGCUGCGGACAGUGUUCAGGGUGGGCGCGAGGACGACGGGAAUGCGGGAGGGAGUAUGCAUGGAGGGGUGGGGGAUCUAGAGUCCGGUAAUUUAUGGCUAGCGGAGGGGCAGGAAAGCAUGUGCGGGGAUGGGAAGGAGAGGAGUCCGUCAAGCAGAGAGUCUGAUGGGGGUUCUCCUGGAGCAGCAGCAGCAGCAGCAGGGGGUGAGUGGGAGGCGUGUGGCAGGGCAUCUGACAUGGUGUAUGAGAGACACACAGGCGGGGAGCAAGGCGACGUGCAGCACACACAGCAGCACGACCACGCACAGUGGCAGCACCGCACUCCCACACAUGCACGCUCGCCAGCCGCUGCCCUGCCGCCUCUCUUUGUGGGAGGCAGGCCGCAGUGGCAGCAGGUAGCAGCAGUGCGCAUGGUGCCCUCGCCCCUCUUCCGCUCCUCCAGUGACCCCCAUGCCAUAGCACGCUACCUGCAAGCCAUGAGGCAGCGCCUCACAGACGUCUCUCGCCCCGCCGCCACUGCUGCCACGCCCAUGCCCGCUGUUUCCACCCCUCCUCAUCCUCCUCCCACUGCCGCCGCUCCUGCUGCCUGUACAGCAGGUGGUGCCUCCCCCAGUUACAGCCUGUCUCAGCGAUUGCUGGUAGCGGGGAAGCGAAUGGGGGGGCCGUUGGGGGCUGAGUGGGCAGGGAUGGGGGAUGUGCUGGCAGGCGGUGGCGACCGGGCAGGGGGCGCUGGUGACGUUGGUGCUGGCGGUGAAGGGGAGGGGCGGAGAGAGGAGGGGGCGCAGAGGCACGGUGAGCAGUGCCAGCAGCCCAGUGGGCCGCUGUGCACUUCCUCCUCGCCCUCCUCUCCUUGCUUCCCCGCCAACCCGCCCUCCCAUCCCACAGCGUCUGAGCGCCAGCCGCACGUGCAUCACCAGCACAGCAACACGCACUCAGGCAUUCUCUUCCACUCGCAGCCGCUGCCGCCUUUCUCUGCCCACCUGCCCUGCGCUGCUGCUGCUGCUCCCUACGCUGCUGCCAGCACAGGUGACGGCGAGGCAAGGGGCAUGCCGGUGCAGUUGAGGCAUGCUGGCCGGUGCAUGUCCGCCGGUUCUCGGGAUGCCCAUGCUGCUGCUGCUGCUGCUGCUGCUGACCACGCUGCUUCUGCUGCUGCUGCUGCUGUUUCCAGCGAAGGGAGGGCGUGGGAAGAAGGGGGAGCUGUGCAUGACAGUGCGGUGAGUGCAGGAGCAGCAACAGGUGCGGAGAGGCUUAAAAUCAGGGGGUGGUCUGCGGAGUGGGGCAGGCUGGUGAAGGGGCGCGGGGCUACUGGGCGAGUAAGGCGAGGCGAGGAAUGGGUGCCUCUGACUACUGGAUGUGGGGAAAGGAGCGAGUGGCGUGCGAGUGAUUUGAGUGGCGGCAUGGAAUUAGGGGCGAACAGGGGAGCCAAGGGCGGAUGGGGAGGCGCUGGUGCUGGAGAGGCAAGGUUGGGGGCAGCACUAGGCGGAGGUGCACCAGCAGGAGCACCAUUGACGGCAGCAGUGGCAGGCAACGCAUCAACAUCAACAUCAGCAUCAGCGUCAGCAUGGGCUUCAGCAUCAGCAUCAUCUGCAUGCCAUGGAUCGUCCACCAGCCAGCAACAGCUGCUGCGCCUCUCCUCCUGCCACGCCCUGCCUACCUCGGCGCUCAGUGCCGUUGCUGCUGCUGCUGCUGCGCCUGUGGACGCACGCGACAGUGCAGGGCACGCAGGGGACGAAGAGGAGCCGGGAGCAGCAGUGGUGCUGCGCCGCGCGUCCACAGGGACCAAGGUGAAGCGGCGCCUGGCAGGGUCCGGAGGGGCGGGCAGGGGCGCGCAGGGGUAUGUGGGAGGCCGCGUGCAGCCGUGGGGCGAGGAGGGGGCGGGGGGGCAGUCGGCGCGGUGGGAGGAGAUGCUGCGGGGGCGCGGGCGAGCAGAGGUGCUGGCGCUGGCACGGCAGCUGUGCAGCCGCGCUGGGAGCUCCAUGGAGUUCAUUGGGGGGGUCAGCGCCAUCAGACCCGACGCUGCUGGUGCCGGCGCUGGUAGUGGCUCAGGGGCGGGCGAGAGGGAGGCGGGUGUGGGCGGUGAGUGGGGUGCAGUGGCGGACAGUGGCGUGUGGCCGUCGCCUGCCAGAGAGGCCAUGAGGAGAGUGGGCACGUGGACGCGUAUUGCGAGCGCUGAUGGUGGCAGGUGCUGCCAUGCCGAUGGAUGUUUGCAUGGCGAGGCGGCGGCAGCAGCAGCACCAUCACCACCGUUGCUCACUGGCAUACCAUCAGGCCAGGCACACAGGGCGUUCACCCUACCGCCCUCGGCUGCCCACCCUGGUGCACCUGGGAGUUCAGAGUCAGCCCCACCGUCCCCGUUCCUUGGUGCUGCCGUGCCUGCAGCAGCACCUCUUGAAGGGCCCACCACCCCACUGCACUGCCCGGCACCGCUGCUCACAAUGCCGUCCCUGCCCUGCACGCACCACGCGUACACCGACUCUGCUGUCAGUGCGCUGAACCCUUCUCCUGAGGCCUGUGGCGACUCACGGAGGCAGCCCUGGGAUGCUGCACAGCAGGCAGAAGAGGACGACCAGGAAGGAGAAGACGAGGAGGAAGAGGAGGAGGAGGAGGAGGAAGAGGAGGAUGAGGAAGAAGAGGGGGAGGCGGAGGAAGUGGGGGAGGAGGUGUGGCUGCAGGUGUCGGUGCGGGACACGGGCAUCGGGAUAGAGAGGGCGGUGCAGGGCGAGAUAUUCAAGCCGUUUGUGCAGGCCGACACGUCCACCACGCGCAUCUAUGGCGGCACCGGGCUGGGCCUCAGCAUCGUGCACAAUCUGGUAUCGCUCAUGGGUGGCACGCUGCACCUGGCCAGCCAGGUCGGAGCAGGCUCAACCUUCACCUUCACUGCACGCUUCUUCUCCCUGCCCUCCACGCACCCCUCUGCACCCGCCUCCUCCAUGGCCCAACCCACUCAGCCGCACAAUGCGUGCCCUCCUGCUUGCCCACAACCCGGUGACACCUCUUGUGCCCCCUCCAGCUCCUCUUUAUUGAUCGCCUUCUCUCCUUCCCCUCCUCUCGCCUCCUCGUCGCCUCCCCACUCUCAAAUUCCUUCCGCCUCAGCCGUGACACCUCAGCCCUACUCCCCACCCCCGCCUACUAAUGCUGCUGCUGCUGCUGCCUCGAGUCAACCAGGCACACCUUGUGUCUCCACCCCUCCCUGUGUCCAUUCCUCACACACUGCCACCACCACCACCAUCACCACUGCUUCCUCUGGCCAAAUGGCCACCACCUUGUCUUCCUUGGUCUCGUGUGCGCCACCCCAUGCAGUCCUCAUUCCAUUACUCCCGACACCGCCUUCCUCUGAUCGCCCAGGCACUGCCUCCAUCCUCCCAAGCUCACCUGCACUGCUUCACACCGUCCCAGCAGAAUCGGGUGCAGCAGCAUUGGUUGUGCUGUCCCCAGCACCAGCCUCAGCUGCAUCACACAUGCACGACUCAGGACAUAACAAGCCUCAAGCUCCUCCUCCCCUCACUUCCACUCCAACUCCUGCUGCUCUUUCCCCUGCUCCAUGUGCGCGCCUCUCCUCCACCUCUGCUGGGAGUGCCAGAAGCAAUGAGGACAGCACUGCAGGGGCUGGCCAGUCGGUGCUGGGAAAGGCAGGAGGGGGUAGGGGUAUGGACACAGCAGGCGAGGCAGGGGCGAGAAGCAGAGGUGGGGGUGCGAGCAAGGCGGCGGCGGGGGUUGGCGGGGUGGAGACGCUAUCAGGGAUGCGCAUUCUGUUAGCGGAGGACAACGUGGUGAACCAGAAGGUGGCCAUGCACCUGCUGCGCAAGGCAGGCGCUGUGGUCACGGUGGUGGGCGAUGGCAAGGCUGCUGUGGAUGCCGUGACUGCCGCCCAUGAUGCAUUCGAUGUGGUUCUCAUGGAUAUUCAGGUGGGGCUGUUACAUGUGCUCUCACUCCCCCCUUGCUCUCACUCCCCUCUUGCUCUCACUCCACCCUUGCUCUCAUUCCCCCCUUGCUCUCACUCCCCCCUUGCUCUCACUCCCCCCUUGCUCUCACUCCCCCCUUGCUCUCACUCCCCCCUUGCUCUCACUCCCCCCUUGCUCUCACUCCCCCCUUGCUCUCACUCCCCCCUUGCUCUCACUCCCCCCUUGCUCUCACUCCCCCCUUGCUCUCACUCCCCCCUUGCUCUCACUCCCCCCUUGCUCUCACUCCCCCCUUGCUCUCACUCACUCCCCUCUUGCUCUCACUCCCCCCUUGCUCACCCCCCCCUUCUCUCUUCCCCUUGCUCUCUCCCGUCCGUCCCUCUACUGCAUGCCCAGCAGCAGGAAGUCCCUAAUCAACUCUUGCACCCUUCAAGCUACCACCUUCAGACGUGUAGUCACGCGCUUCGUCCGUUUUUUCUCAGUUCUCAGCCAUCUAGCAACCAUCAAGACAAGGGUGGGGAGAAGCUAUCAGAACUGAACCUCCCUGGUCUCGACCCGCUGGCUCCGCGCAUUCCCACCGCCGCCAACGGCAAGGCCUCCGACGCGCCUUGUCCUCGCGCUGGCGACGAGGACGAAGAAGGCGACGAUGACGACGACGACGAUGACGACGAUGGCGACGAUGGCGACGACGACGACGAUGGCGACGGCGAUGGCGACGACGAGGAGGCAGAGGACGACGACGGUGAUGACAACAAGGGGGAUGAUGGCGGUGAGGAUGAUGCGGACGGGGAUGGCGGGGAGGAGGGCGGGGAGGAGGAAGGAGACGGGCAUGAAGGGGAAGGGGACGAAGAGGACGGCGAUGAGGAUGUGGAGGAGGAAGGGGACGAAGAGAACGGCGAUGGCGAUGGGGACGGGGAGGAUGGCGACGAGGAGCAAGGGGAUGAAGGGGACGACGACGGCGACGAGGGGGAUGACGAUGACGAAGUUGAUGCUGGUGACGACGACGACGACGACGACGACGACGACGACGACGACGGUGACGGUGACGACGACGGUGACGAUGACGAGGACGAUGACGAUGAUGAUGAGGACGCCCCUGCGCCUAAGAAAGCCAGACAUUGA